GGCACCAGCAAUUCGAGCCUGGAGGAUAGCGUGGUGGAUUGGAAAUUUACAUUCAGCUUGCAAGGUACAGACUGUUCCUGUUUGAGAGAAGAUGCAGUCUUCCCCCAUUUAUAUCCCCACAGACUCCUCAUAUGCGGAGCUUGGGUCCCAAUGUCUAAGUCCAAAGACAGACACCUCUGCGCAGGAACCCGAUGAGUUAGAGAACAGCGUUUUAGACUACACUGACAGAUCUUACACAUCAACAAGGAAAAAUACUCGUUACGGAGAAUCUGCUUCAUCCCCUUCUGAAAAGUUAUCCAAAGCACAGCUACUAUCAGAGCAAUAUAUCAAAGACAACGAGUUCCUCAGAGCCAAUAAGGAGUUAAUCCGAUGUGUGGCAUUAAGUCGAAUUGUGCAUGGCGAUGGACAUUGGAAACUGGCUCAAGCCUUCGCAAACCUUGGUCAUAGUUACCUUAUUUUUAGAGAGCUGCCAGCUCAGGCAAGACAACAUGCCGAAUCUGCUAAAAAUAUUCUCCUUCGUGGAGUUGAUAUGUCAAACUCUGUGGAAGACAAGAGAGAAAUAUUAGAAACUCUGGUGACUAUCUACUAUACACUGGGGAUAGCACAUCUUCAGCAGAAUAAUGGAAAAGAGUCCUACCUCAGCCUCCAGAAGGUCGAGAAGAUUGUGGAAGAACUGGAUGAAUUGCAAGAGAAAAAAUCAGUCAUGUUAAAAAUAUCUGAAAAGGAUAUUGCUGUUGCACUCGGAAUGGCAUGCUUACAGCAAAAUAAACCAAGUUCAGCAAGAAAUUAUUUUGAGCAAGCUGUGAAUCUUGUUAUUGCUUCCGAAGGGGACAGUGCUCCAGAACUGAUUGAUCUGUACAGGAAUUUGGCCAAAACUGAACAACUGAGGAAAAAACAUGACAAUGCCAUAGAGUAUUUAUUGCAGGCAGUUUCAAUUUCCCAUGCAACAUACAACAACCCCAGUAUUGAAUCUGCUGAAACUGAGCUCUUAUUGGCUAAGGCAUACACUGCUUCUGGAAAUUCAAACUAUGAGGAAGCAGCUGAGAAGUGUUUUAAAGAAAGUCUUGGAGUUUAUCAAACAGUUCUGGGUCCAGAUGAUCAGCUGACACUAAAUGCUUGCAUUGAAUACAGUAAAUGGUUAAUUCAGAUUGGGAACAAAAAGGAGGCUUAUAGUCUGCUCCAUGAAGCUAUGAUCUCAGACGCUGAAUUCAGUGAAAUUGGGGCGGACAUCCUCAGUAUAAUGGGCAGCAUUUGCUUAUCAGAUGGUAACGUUGUGAAAGGCUACAAACUGUUAAAGAAGUGUCUCGGAAUUCAGACUGUAGUGUACGGGACUCAGCACACUAAAAGCAGAGAGACACAAAAAAUACUGGAUACACUGAAGAAGUCAGGCGGUAUCAAAGAAUAAUGCCAAGGACAUUGGAAAUGGACUGCAGUGUUGCAUUAGCAGGGAUAAAAAUGUCACAUUGCUUUAUCCUAUGUGUCUUCACCUUUGUGUCUUUUAAAACCCUUAGCAUUUCUUUUCCCCCUCUUUUGUCUUUCAUCCCUCUUUAGUGAAUCGUAUACUGCCUUUGUAUAUCUUGCAUAUCAUUUAGUGUAUCUUAUAACCCUUUUUGUAUAUUUUGUACUCCUCUUGUGUGUCUC